CCCCCUUUUCGCGCCCCCUCACCCCUCCGCGAUAGAGCCGCGUCUUCGCGCGAGCGCGGCAAGACGCCGGUCGCGGUGUCCUCCACCUCAGGACCGCGGUGUGGCCACCACCAAGAGGACUGACCACCCUCGCGAAAGAGACCAGAGCCAUCGCCCCUCGACGAUGCCACGAGGGGAAACCCGAAGAUGCCAUGGUGGUGGCACACGGCGACGAGAAGAGCGCGAUUGAUGCGCGAUCGAUAGGCAAUUAACGGUUAACCGCGAGCGAGGACGGGAUACGCGACACCUGAGCGAGCCGCCCCUGUUGUUGUGAAGCCAAAAGUUCUUUCUAUAAUUCCGUGCGUGUGUGUGUGUGGGGGAGCACCGCCACCAUCCCCAGGAGAGGACGCAAGGAUUUUGGAACCCCGAGGUCCACUCCAACCAGGUAGGGCCCACACGUUGGGGUUUCCUUUUGUGGAGUGUGUGUGUGUGCGAGCGCGGAUCGAGGGUGCGUGUCCGUGAGUGUGCUCCGGAGCACUUUUCGUCCGCGACAGGACCACUACCGGAGGGAACUCCGUUAGACUUCCCUCCGUUCGUUUGGCAAAUCUCCCGCGUGACCUUGCGCGGUUUGAGAACGCGCCGCGUUUCGAAGGAGAGGGCCCCUUCGAAACGCGAAACCGUUAAUUCCCGACGAAGUCUUUUUUCGAUUGUAUUUGAUUCUAGGGCGGACUAUUUGUUUGCGUGGCCCCCUAUAUAGUUAAGUCGCGCCUGUUAGGUAUUCGUUUUCUUUUCGUCGGAUAUUUUCUUUUUGUAUCGGGAAUUCCGCGUCGCGCGUAUCCCUUUCGGCGCGUAGUCGCCACACCCUUUCCUCAACGGUGUGUGUACCGCGGAAUUCCCCCGCGUCGGUUUCGAUUAAAUAAAGAAAUCCGAUUAAACGUACGCGGAUCAAAGUUUAUUUCCCCUUUCAACGUCCCCUGACUUUCGCUCUCCGUAGAGCAGCCGGAAGGACGAAAGUAACAGACGAGUGCACUUGGCACUGGCGCCCAAUUCGUCCGUGGAAAUUGUGCGACCGAGCGUGUCGAUUAGCGGCUUUCCCGGCCGCCCACGCGAGAAAUGUCUCGGCCCCCACCUGUCUACCUGGUUGGUGCUUAUUAUGUGAAAAUCAAGCGGAACGCGUGCGUGUGCGUGCAAAUAUUUCACGUACACCGAUCUGCCGACUGCUUACCGUCGGCAAAGUGGGCGCUUGUAUUGUUCCACGACUAUAUAAGGUGUACUCGGCCCAUUCGACCAGCAGAAAACCAUCAGCUCGUGGAUCCUAUAGCGAACAUGAGAUUCCUUCUUCUUCUCUCGUGCCUCGUCUUCUCGGCAACGGCCCGGCCAGGCUACGCGCCAUAUCCCGCUUAUGGCGUGGCGUACCAUGGCCCACCAGCCCCUUUGGCUCACGAUGGAAGGGUGAUAGACACCCCUGAAGUGGCCCACGCCAAGGCCGCGCACCUAGCUGCCCAUGCUGCAGAGGCUGCCAAGGCUAGUCCUCUCGGCUAUUCUGGUGAUUACUCUGAAGAUUAUGGUGCAUCCUACGGUGCCCCAGUGCCCCAGAUGCAGAGCGCAUACCAUGGACCACCAGCCCCCUUGGCUUACGACGGACGAGUGCUCGACACCCCUGAAGUUGCUCACGCAAAGGCGGCGCACUUGGCCGCGCACGCCGAGCAGGUUUCGAAACUAGCUCACCUGUCCUACGCCGAGCCCUACCCGCAGCCUCAUUGGUGACGACCAGGAGAGUAGAUGGAUCAUUGGACGAGACCGACUCUAGCACCAGAAGCUAUUGUCUCGAUGAUUGAAUUGCAGUUCUAGAGUCGACGAUCUUGUACCAUGUAUUUUAGGAUGAUUUUUGUUAAUUCUCUUGGUUCUGAAUCGGUUCUGUACUUGUGUAACAUUGUGGAAGACGCGAGACUCGAGAAAUUUAUUUUAUUAAUAGUUAUUAUAUAGUUAUUGGAUUACUGGGAACGGCGACGUGUUUGUUACGGUUUGAUAUUAAAGUGAUUGCAAUU